UGUGUGUGUGCCGCAGAGCUGGGUCUGAGUGCCGAAGUGACGGAGCUGUUAAAUGAGUGUGAGCAGCCCGGUCUGAUCCAGAGUCUGCUGCUGCCCGAGGACUUGGCCCUACGACACUUGCCCGCUCUGAACGCAGCUCACCGCCGCCUCGACUUCACUCACCGCAACCCCUCCCUCAGCUCCCUACAGGAGUGUGUGGUGCGAGUGUGUUGCAUUCGCAGUUUUGGCCACUUCCUGACGAAUCUCCAGGGCAACGUGCUGCACUUCAACCCGGAGGCGGGCAUCUUCACCAGCAUCAGCCAAUCGGAGCAGGAUAAUCUGGUGCAGCAGGCAAAGGCCCAGAUCCGAAUGGCGGAAGAGGAGGCUCGUCGAAAUCGCUUGAUGAGGGAUAUGGCCCAGCUUCGACUACAGUUGGAGGUGUCGCAGCUAGAGGGCAGCCUCCAGCAGCCCAAGGCUCAGUCCUCCAUGUCUCCCUACCUGGUGCCAGACACAGCUGCUCUCUGCCAGCAUCUGAACCUCAUCCGGCAGCUGGCCGGCAGCGGCUGCUUCAUCAUCAUCAUCCCCCGGACAGUGAUUGAUGGGCUCGACAGGCUGAAGAAGGAAAAUGCCGGUGCGAGGGACGGCAUCCGCUUCUUGGAGUCUGAAUUUCGCAAAGGAAACAGGUACAUUCGCUGCCAGAAGGAAGCUGGAAAAAGUUUUGAAAGAGAUAAACUGAAACGUCAGGACAUCGAAGCCUGGCAAUUAUACAAGAUGGUGGACAGUUGUCGUCAGCUCACAGUCUCCCAGAGCAACGGAGAUGAAGACACAGCCGGCAUGGUGACCAUUCUCACUGACCAUCAGGUGGAAGAGCUUUGCACUCGGUCCGCAGCGAUGAAGGCGGCGAUCCAGGCCGCAGGCUCGGCGGGGAUGGAGCUGAAGAACAUCGUGGAGUUUUACCGGCAGUGGAAGGAGAUCGGCUGAGAGUUUUAACGGGGGCAGCUGUCGGCGCUGCGAACAGCUGAUCGAUCACAACACUCGCUCCCUCUCUCUCUCCCACUCUUUUGCUCUGUGUGUAUCUGCGUCUCCAAAGGCAAAAACCAACUCAAAAGAAAGCUGAAUCAAAGGAAAGAGUUUAAGCUUAGAGGGGUGGAAAAGUUAAAACAGUGGAGUAAUGAAUAAAAAAAAGAGGAAUACGGGCGAACUGGCGCUAUAAGAAAGAGCAGAUCUCCCACCUCCCAAUCCUAAACAUAAAGAGUGGUGCGGGGUGCGGCAACGGUGGAGGAACGCUACACGACCUUUUAAGUGCCCCUGGUUCACACCCUAACCAGGAAUACACUGUAUAUGUUAGCAAACAAGUACAUACGUGUCGAGAGAGAAACCGCACCACACAUAAACAUUCAUGCUCAGAUGAAUCCAUAUAGAUGUUUAGAGCAGUGGUAUGGGUUUUUUGUUUCCUCCUUCCCUUUCCCUCCAGUCUUUAUUUGAGAAAACAGGGUAAAGAAUGUGCGAGUCUGGUAGGGCUGCGUUGAUUUGGGAAGCCGAGGGUGUAUGAAGACAACUUAAAGGCAGAGAAAACACUCUGUCCACCUGACACCUGAGGCUCCAGCCCAACAAAACAAACCAAGCGUCUCAUAGGCCGCUAGGAAAGCUUGAGGAAGACAAAUGUUUACUUCUCUGAGAUCGGUUUUUCCUAUCUGGCUUUUUUAAAUUUAAAUUUGUUUUUGUUUUCCUUUAUUUGCAGUGUUCUUUGUGACCAGUGACUUAUGUAUUGUGCUAUCUCUGUAUGAAAAGAGGAAAGACUAAAAACACGACAGGCUUUGCCCUGUUAGAAGUUUUAAUUUGGAUUUUAUUUUUGUACCCAAAUGAUGUUCUUUAUUUAGCUUUUUGUAAGCUACAUCUGAAUGAGAUACGCAAGAAUGUUUAAGGGAAAGGGAAGGGGAUGUUGUCGUGUGUUGAUCCACUGAACAAAUCCUUCAGUCAUGAAAUUAACCUAUAAUCCAGAAUAUAUUUAUCAAGGUGUCAUUUUAGAGGGAGGCAUGAGCUGAUUAACCUCAUGCUGUAGCUUUUCAUCGAGGAGGCCCGGAGGAGAGGGGCCCGCUGACUUUCCCAGAGGACUGAGGGUAGUGUUUGGACCCCUAUAAAAUCCUAAAAUGUAUCCCAUCUACAUCACCAUUUCCAUAGUGACUGUCCCAUCAUGCACAGUGCAAAAGAAAACCAGUAUAUGUGUGUGGCCAUGCAUUGAACAAUAAAAAGAAACUCGUAUAAGA